GUAUAUAUAGUGAAAGAGAGAAAAAUUAAUGAUUUGUUUAAAUAAUUUUUUCAUAAACUUUUUCAACACAAAUGGAUUACUUGUGGUGUCGUUAAUGGAGAAAAAAUGAAAGUUUUCGCCACUGAUUAUGAAUGUUAUGUCGAUUUUAACGAUUGUGUAAUUAAUGUGAUUUCAAAAUCUACAUCAAAAGCAUUAUUCAGAAAUUCAUUAUCAAUACUAGUGUCAUAACAAGUCAUCAGCUAGACAAAAAAACUUUGUUGCAUAUUUAAAUAUAGCCUAGAUAAGUCAUGUUUUUCAUUGCACUGUUUGCGUUGGCGUUGGUUAUAUGGCUGGGGUUGGCAUCAGUUGGCCAUGACUUCUGGAUUCACCGCAAAUACGUGGAGAAAUUGAUGAAACUCUUUGAAUACGGCCGCAAACGGGUCGAGACAGUGGAGCACAGGGUUAAGGAAAGGCAGAGGAAAUUGAGUCAAAUGAGAGAAGACAGCGAUGACGAGGACGACGAUGAGGACGGGGAUGUGUUCGACGUCUUCGACGACAAAUCAGGUAAAGCGCAUCCAAACGGCGAUAUAUUUGAGAACAGACGGCACCGGACGAUGAGUUUAAGCAUAAGUCAAGAGAAGAAAGAGUUUAAUAUCGCAGACAUCACUGAAUUCCUACGGCUGGGCAUCAAAGCCAUUGUUGACGAUGAGGUGACCAAACGAUUCGCGGCCGAAGAGCUCAAGACAUGGAAUCUGUUGACGAGAACCGAUAAGUUCUAUCACUACAACUCCCUAAGACUGGCCAUCAUCUGGUUCUACGGAUUCCUAUUCCGAUACCUUUUCCUACUCCCCAUCCGAUUCUCGAUCACAAUCUUAGGGGUGGGUUGGCUGGUGUUGUGCACCGGACUAAUAGCCCUCAUACCUAACAGUAGACUCAAGCGAUGGAUGUAUUAUGAAGUAAGUAUAAUGAAUUUCCGGGUACUUUCCCGCGGCUUCUCCGGUCUCAUCACUUACCAUAAUGUGGAGAAUCGGGCCAAACCGGGCGGUAUAUGUGUGGCCAAUCAUACCAGUCCUAUAGAUGUAGUCAUUCUUCAUUGUGAUAACUCGUACGCACUCGUGGGUCAAACUCACGGCGGAUUUCUGGGUGUACUUCAGAGGGCACUGGCCAGGGCUACCCAUCAUAUCUGGUUUGAUAGGUCCGAAAUGGGUGACAGAUUAGCGGUGUCUCGACGUCUGAGUGAACACGUGGCCGACACCGACAAACUACCGAUCCUGAUAUUCCCGGAGGGCACCUGUAUUAACAACUCGGCGGUCAUGAUGUUCAAAAAGGGCAGUUUCGAGGUGGGGGGCAUCAUAUACCCGGCUGCCAUCAAAUACGACGCCCGGUUCGGCGACCCCUUCUGGAACUCCAGUAAAUACGAUUAUAUGCGAUACCUGCUGAUGAUGAUGACCUCCUGGGCCAUUGUGUGCGACGUCUGGUAUUUACCACCGAUGGUCAGAGGGGACAACGAGUCGGCCAUCGAUUUCGCGCAGAGAGUGAAGGCCGAGAUCGCCCGCAAAGGAGGUCUCGUGGACCUGGAGAUCGACGGCGCCCUCAAGCGAUCAGCCGUUAAGCCCGAGUGGAGGGCCCGCCAGCAGUUGAACUAUAGUCGCAGGAUUUCGACGGCAACCAAA